UGGGAGGUUUUGCAUUUCGAACGGCACCGGUCCGUUUGUCUGCGCCUCAGGAGGAAGUAGAGUUGUGCCCGCAAAAGGGGGGAAACAGACGAAGUGCGCGGGCGUUUGGGGGGAAAGUCAAACGUGCGUGAAGAAAUAGCUCAGAGAAAGCAUCCUGAUGCAACGGUGCGCAGUGCGUGCGUUCCUCUGCACCGUUCGACCACAGUAGCCGACUGACGAGAGCAACAGAGUGCGUGAGAGGUAAAGAGAGGGGAGGCGGAGGAAGGUGGAAUUCUCUCCGCUGGAUGGGCGCCUUGUGUUCAUCAGGUGUUGCCAUGGAUGAGGACGAGCAGCGAGAGCUGGAGUGGCUGCGGUGGGAGCUUCAGGAGGUCGGAGAGGGCGGAGAACCACCAGCAGAAGAGGAGCAGCAACAACACGAGCCAUGCUACCACAACAGCACAGCCAACAACACUGGCUACCCACAGCACCCUCUCCAUCCCCCUCUGCCCCCGUCAGCACACCAGCAGCCUGCGUUCCCUCCGUUCCUGCCGCGUCACACGGCGCCGUGCUCAGCUCCAGGCGGUGAGAAUGGUACCUUUCCCGUGUACUGCGCCCGCGACGCGCCAGGAGUGCCCAUCGCUGCUCCUGUAGCUGCUCACGGCUUCGUCCCACCUCUGUCCAACCCCUUCGACCGUCGCGGAACAGAGGAGCGUGCGGAACAGAGGAGCGUGCGGAGCCCCCUGCCAAGCAGCGACGUCAGGCAAGCCGCGUUGCCGCGCUUCCACCCCUGAGGACCUUGGCCGAUCACUCACCCAUUGGCGGCACGGACACCACCGAGUCUGCGGCCUCCUCAUCGGCAGCGGCGGUGGGCGGGGCUUCUCAGGCGCCUCGCUUCUUCUCAGCGCAGCUGAGCACCACCCAGACGACCGAGCAGAUCCCCCAUGUCGCUGUUCAGCCAUCGGGUUUCUCUCUGUCGGCGAUGCCCGCCGGGAGCGCAGUUGGUGCUGAGUCCGCAGCGGGCGUAUCUGUCGCGAUG